GCUUUGAAUUUUAUGUUUUUAGCACAGCUUGGUAGAUCAACCAGUUCGAAGCAUAAUUUAGGCCUAUGUAUUGUGUGUCGUAAAAAAGUAGUUACUAAGAGAAUUAUGUGAAGGAAGUGAAAAUCUGAGGCGGUAACAAUGCAAGGCUAUGAGCCUUCACCGCCAAUAAGAACGUUCGAACUUCACGACCUACCGGAUUAUAAGAUACCAAAGGAUAGGCUAACGUGGUCUCGUGUUCGUUUAACGAGCGAUAAAUAUAUGUGUAUAACAGUUGACAAACCGAAUAAUACUACGUGUAACAGUCAAGUUUAUUCAUUCGAUCCUACAAGUCAAAGAAAUCAACCUAGAAUUCAAAAGUAUACUAUAGAAGCUGAAUUAGCUCAAAUAAGUCCUGCUGGAGACUUUAUUGCUUGUAGAUAUAAACAACAUAUUGUCGUUUAUCAUCGAUCCCGUAUAAUUAACAAGCAAAGUAAGAGGAGGAUAAGGAGCCAAUCAUCUAUAAAAUUCUGGUUAUGGAUAAACAAUGAUGUUUUGGCUUUCAUUACUGGUGAUGAUAUUUGGUAUUGGGACGUUCAUAAAAACGAUAAGCCUCGAAAAGUAUUGAAUGUCGCUAAAAGAUUAUCCGACAUGCAGAUUGUAUCUUUCGAAGUUGCUCCUAAUAAUAAAUGGUUUGCUCUAACAGCGCUAGUAGCAAAGGAGGAGUACAUCGAAGGAGUUGUACAGUUGUUUUCUCAGGACUAUAAUUUAGGUCAAUGCAUUUCCGCCCAUGCAGUGCAUUUCUUCCGUUAUCAAUUCGAAGGUAACAGGAAGGAAAGCAACAUUCUGGCGGUUGCGACCAGACAUAAACAAAGUCGAUUCGGCAAAGUAUAUAUUAUAGAAUUAGGACCUCAUCAAAACGGAAAUUACGCUUUGUCCAGCCAUUCUGAAGAGAUUACUUUUCACGAUACGACAGAUUACUAUGAUUUUCCUAUUUCUAUUCAGGCUAGUCAGCAUUUAGGACUUUUAUACGUUUUUACGAAAUAUGGAAAAUUGUAUAUACACGAUAUAGAAAGUUCGAAUUUUUUAUACUGCGAACAAAUAUCGGAUAGCAUAGUCUUCUCCACAGUACUUUGUUCACAAUCAUCAACACCGAUUGCACUAUGCACUUCCGGAAAGAUUAUACUAGUGGAAUUGAAUUUAGCUAAAUUAGCUUGUCAUUUAAAGGAUAGCGUCUCCUAUCAAUACCUCGCUCCAAUUAUUCAAGGAAGAGAUAAAACCGGAAACUGGUUAACUAUUAAACGCUUAAACAAAGAAGAAAUACCAUUUGUAGAUGAUGGCGUUGAAAGCGAUAGUGAAAAUUCAACGUCCAUUUAAAUUUAAUAUUAAUCUUGCUAACGUUUAAACUGCAUUUUUUUUUCUUUACUUUUGUCUAGUUCGAAAAGAGAAGGGGGGGGCUGAGAUGGAAUUCUGUAAAAAUAAUUCAAUGCCAUGUAUUUCCGCUGCGUGCUUCUUGUUCCUUAAAGUAUCCUUCCAAAAUUUAAAAAUAGAUUAUAUACAUAAUAUUCGUUUAAACUAAUCAAUUGUACAUUUAAUAACAGUACAUAUGCACAUGCACACCUACACAUAUAAGAGAAAGAAAAGGAAAGAUACUUUAAGUUAGGCUUGUGUCGUAUAUGGGAAUUCAUUAUUAUAUUCCGUUCCAAAGUAUUAGUUGACGAUAAUUUAAAAAAAAAAAAGAAACAAAAUUCUUGUUUUUUUUUUUUUAUUUUUUUUUUUUAAGUUUAAGUUCAUUAAUUUAAUGGUGCUAAGAAUUGUGGCUAUAAAUUGCCUGCUUAUUGCUGUUUCUAUAAAAAUGCCUUUUGCUGCAUCUGUUUUAUAAAUAGUUUCGUAUGUAUUUUGUAUUGAGUUCUGUUAGGCAAAAGAAUAUGCGAAUCAUAAGUUACAAACAGUAUAUUUGUAUUGAAACUUGUAUAACUUUAUUAUAUAUUUAUUAGUAUCAGUAUAUGUCUAAUUCUUAUAUUCUACAAAGAUAGAAUAACAUUUAAUAUAUGAAUACACGUAAUGUUGUAAAUAGCUUAUAACCAUUAGGCGGCGCUGUAUGUUACAUUCUAAAUUCUACGGCUAUCUGUCUCUUCUAUCUUACUAACGCAGAUGAUGAAUAAGUCAUAAAUAAGACUGAAGCUAAUCUUUCCGUAUGGUGAUCACGUAUUUAUUCUGUCUAAAAAUUCAAUAUAUCUACCACAUCUUAGUAUUUCCGA